AAUUCUAUUGCAACCAAUCCUAAUUAAACCUUUAAGUUUGAAAUAUCAACGUUGUCACCAUUCGGAGUGAACUGUCUUUUGAUAACUUUUCCCAAAACAAAUAUUCGUAUUCCAUUUUUAUCAACUUCGUAUUUUUAAGUAAUCCUAGCGAUAUUUUUUAAAUUUUAUGAUUAUUUUAAAGUGACUAUUGUUCCAUUAUGGUAUCAGGCUCGGUAUACUUUUACACAAUUUCUGCAAAUGGUUUGGGUGCAACUCAUAGUAUUUUAAUGAAUGUGGUAGUGGGAGUUAUCCGCAAUUUUUAUUUAAGUACUCCAUAGUAUCCCCUACUUCUCUAGUUUACUAAAUGAUUUGGCAAAUUUUGAAAGGUAGCUUUAUCAACAUAUCUGGAGACAAUGAUGUUGCCACUAAGAUUAGCAUCAUUGCUACUAUUCUUUACUUAUGUAGCAGCACAAGUAUUCAAUCUGAUUACAUAUGAAUCAGGUGAGGAUCCAUUAGGUACUUGGACUGUAAACAUUGGAUUUGAAGUUGAUUCAACAUCAGACGCUUCAACUUACACUUUGACGUUCCCUUGUAUUUUUGGUUUUGUAAGCCUUCCACCGGGACAAACUAUUACAGAAAACGGGCUUGUUGUCACACUUUCUUUUAGUGACUUUAAUGGUGAUAUCAAUGCCGGUUAUUCUCAGCUUUAUGUUACAAUUGAAGUCACAGCACCUGGUCCUGUAACUGGAACUGUCAGCGGAUCAUUUGAUCUCUCAUUUACUUUGAAUACUGGUAGUUCUUAUCAAGGCUCUAAAUGUGCAAGUAUUUUUGGUGAUGAUGGAGUAACUAUAUCUUUCAGUGAAGGACCAAAUACGUAUACUGUUUCACCUCUACCUUCGUAUACUGAGUUUUCAGGUACUCCACUUUCAGCAGAAGUCUUUGCUCAAUUUAUUCCAAGUUAUAAUCAAUUUUUACUUGGUUUGGAAGGAGGCGAAGUACCGGAUAACUAUGGUACUGGUAAUGUGAUUAUUAGAUUAUCGGGGGGUUCAAAUUUUAUAUGUCCAGUCACGUCCAAUAAUUUUUAUUAUUAUGUCAGUGGUCAGAAUGGAUUGAACAUUCCUACUAUAUGGGAAGUAGCAAAUGGUAUUUCUGGAAUUGCAUCAUGUGCUUCUGGUGGGAUCGAGAACAACCCUGAUUUGAGUGGUUUUUAUGAGGCAGGCUCGGCUGGUUUUAUUCAAGCUUUUGUUCAGAAUAACGGAAAUCCAAUUACAGCCACUUUUCAGAACAUUUUUACUCAAACACUUAAUGGACAUCUUUCUUAUUCUACAGGACUUAGUACAACUGUAACGUAUGAUCCGCCUGCUGAUGCUACUAAUAAUGUUAAUUCUGUUGUGGCUACUCGUACAACUACUUCCGGUUCAACUGGGUUUUUUACUAUUACCAAAGGUAAUAAUCAGUUGUAUACCCUUGUUGUCAAUGAAGCUAUUGCAACUGCUUACUCAACUAGUACUUGGUUAGUCGCUAGUUCGGCAAUUUCAACACUAGGACCUGCUACUGAUCCUACUGUUGUAUUUUAUGAACCCAUUCCAACAGUUACAGUUACUAGUACGUGGAGUUCAACAAAUACUGAGACUAUUCAAAUUGCAGGUUCCCCUGGUGGAAGCGCAACUAUCAGCGUUUUUGUUCCUACUCCAACUAGUUAUACUACAGUUACUGACCCAACUCAAAUAGUGUCAACUACUUCAACCGUCACUAUUAGUGGAACUAUUAUAAUUAGUGGAGACCGUCCAAUUCCUACUACGACUACUACUGUAACUUGGACUGGUGACUCCACAAGUGAUGCAUUGAUAACUCGUCCUCCUGGUGGCCAUGAUACACUUAGUGUGUUUGUUCCGAUUUCAGUCACGACUAUUGUGAGAACUUAUUCUGGUUCUGUGGAUACGACCUCAACAUAUAGUCACGGAACAACUAGUACUUGGACUGUACUUAUCCAAGUUCCUUCAUCAACUUCAACCAUUAUUACUACAUCUGACAAUGCAGUUACAUCUUUUUCAACUUCUUCACUCUCAGGGACUGUUAUAGUUUACGAAUAUUUGCCCACACCAACAACUACCACUACAGUUACUUGGACAGGAUAUUCGACAUCUUCUACUUUUGGUACAGUAAGUGGUACAAUUGUUUGGACUGACUAUAUUCCAACUCCAAGAACAUAUAUUAUUAACACCGAAGCAACACAAUCAGUAUCAUCUACCACCACAUUACCUUACACUACUGGUGGUACUGAAACUAUUAGUAUAGAUCGUCCAAUUCCAACAACUACUAUUGCAACUACUUGGACGGGAUCAUUUACGACAGUUUAUAUUCUGGCCAACCCUGGUGGAACAGUAACUGAAAGUAUUCUUUCAGCUAUUCCUACAAAUACUAUAAUUGUAACUUGGCUUUCAUCUUUUACCUCGGAAACAUUGGUUCCACAAGUUCCAGGAGGUAUAGACCAACUUACCGAGUAUGUUCCUAUUUCUACCACGACUACUACCUCAACUUGGUCUGGAGAUGAAAUAUAUUACGAAACCACCAAUUAUCAUGAUACAGCGAGAACCAAUGUUGUUGUCGAAGUUAUUCCUGUGCCAACUAGUACUUAUACUCAGACUUGGGGUGGUGAUGAUACGUACAUAACUACAUUCCCAGCAACUCCAGGUGAGGUUGGUCUGGUUGUAUAUAAUGUUCCUAUUCCUACGACUACUACCACAACGACUUGGGAUGCUAAAACCACUGGACAUUCAACGGUCGAGGGAGUUAUUGGUGGUGCUGAUGCUACUGUUAUUGUUGAAGUUCCUAUUCCAACCACCUAUACUACUGUGAGUGAUUCAGUGACAGCACGUACCACCAGUAUCUACACCUCCGGUACAGUAGUUGUUGUUAGUGUUGAUGCACCUAUUUUAACUUAUUAUACUACUGUGACAAGUGUAGGAGCAACAUCCAGCACCGCAGUUAUUCCUGCUGGAGCCAAUGGUAUUCCUACUGUUAGUGUUGUUGUGCCAGUUCCUACUCUGACUGUUACUGAUACAUGGGGUAUUGAUUUGACGUACACCACCACUAAUUUAGCAGGUCCCGGUACAACUGCCAUUGUUGUAAUCGACGUGCCUACUCCAACCACAACCACUACUCUGACAUGGGGCGGUAGUGACAUUUUUAUUGAAACCAUUCUAGCAACAGCAGGGGGAGUUGCCACUGUUAUAUAUAAUGUGCCUGUUCCUACCACCACCACCACAACUACAUGGGCUUCUAGAACCACUGGUUAUUUAACGAUCCCAGGUAGUGCAGGUGUUGAUAGUGCUACUGUUAUUGUUGAAGUUCCUACUCCAACCACCUAUACUACUGUGAGUGAUUCAGUGACAGCACGUACCACCAGUAUCUACACCUCCGGUACAGUAGUUGUUGUUAGUGUUGAUGCACCUAUUUUAACUUAUUAUACUACUGUGACAAGUGUAGGAGCAACAUCCACCACCACAGUUAUUCCUGCUGGAGCCAAUGGUAUUCCUACUGUUAGUGUUGUUGUGCCAGUUCCUACUGUUACUGUUGAUACUACGUGGUUAUUAACUGAAACCAACGUAUACACUGAACUGGCUGGCCCUGGAGGAACAGCUACUGUUGUGUCUCAAGUACCUAUUCCAACCACGACAAUUAUAACCACGUCGACUUACCCAUUAGACCUUACAUACACAUUUCCACUAACUCCAGCAAGUCCAGGAGAAACUGUUACUAUACUUGAAAUUUUAACUAUUCCUACUUCUACAACUACUGUGAUUUGGACUGGAUCGGAAACUGUAUUUGUUACUUCGUCAGCUGUUCCUGGUGACAUUGCUACUGUAUAUGUUGAGAUUCCAGAGUCUACAACUACCGUCUACACAAGUUGGACUGGAACUGUUACAAGUAGUUUACUUGCAACGGGUUCUGAUAGUAUUGUUACUGAUAUAAUUGAGACUCCAGUGAGUACAUCUUCUUCGACUUCAACUUCCACUUCUGAUUCUGAUUCUGAUUCUGAUUCUGACUCCAGCUCUGAAAGUGGAUCUACAUCUGAAUCAGGUUCUACAUCUGAAAGUGGAUCUGAAAGUGGCUCUACAUCUGAAUCGGAAUCUACUUCUGAAAGUGGUUCUACAUCUGAAAGUGGUUCUACAUCUGAAAGUGGUUCUACAUCUGAAAGUGGCUCUACAUCUGAAUCGGAACCUACAUCUGAAAGUGGUUCUGAAAGUGGCUCUACGUCUGAAUCAGGUUCUACUUCUGAAAGUGGUUCUACAUCUGAAAGUGGUUCUGAAAGUGGCUCUACAUCUGAAUCGGAACCUACAUCUGAAAGUGGUUCUGAAAGUGGCUCUACGUCUGAAUCAGGUUCUACUUCUGAAAGUGGUUCUACAUCUGAAAGUGGUUCUGAAAGUGGCUCUACAUCUGAAUCGGAACCUACAUCUGAAAGUGGUUCUGAAAGUGGCUCUACGUCUGAAUCAGGUUCUACUUCUGAAAGUGGUUCUACAUCUGAAAGUGGUUCUACAUCUGAAAGUGGCUCUACAUCUGAAUCGGAACCUACAUCUGAAUCAGGUUCUACAUCUGAAAGUGGCUCUACAUCUGAAUCGGAACCUACAUCUGAAAGUGGUUCUGAAAGUGGCUCUACGUCUGAAUCAGGUUCUACUUCUGAAAGUGGUUCUACAUCUAUUUCCGGUAUAUUGACAAGCACUACUACUGUAAGCUCGCAAGGUAUUUCGGUAAGUUCAACUCCAACUGAAGGUGCCUUAUAUGCAUAUGACCAAAAUGGUGAUGCAUUGUUAUUAGGUGUUAAUGGUCAAAGUACAUUCCGUAAACGUGAUGAUACUGCUCUUCCAGGUGUCGAAUAUUUGAUAGUCAACCCUAGCUCAACUACUUUAUUCUACGUCCAAGAUGGGUUCCUUUAUGAUAAUUCUGGAGACACUGCAAAUGAUGAUACCGAUGCACCAUAUAUUACUUUCGGUUCCUCUGGUGGUUUGAGUGGAUUCUCUGAUGCUGCCGGAAGUAUCCUGUUCUCUGGAGGUGCAUUUUAUCUUUGUCCUUUAGUGGAAGAUGGUGUAACUUACCAAGCUCUUGCAUUGAGUAAUUCUGGAUCAUGUAAUUUGACUAGUCUUAAUAUCGAAAUUGGUCCUUCUUCAGGCCCAAGUUCUGGUUCAUUGAGCUCCGAGUCUGGUGAAUCUACUUCAGCUUCCGGUGAAUCUACUUCACCUUCCGGUGAAUCUACUUCAGCUUCUGGAGAAUCUUCUUCUACAUCUGGCGAAUCUACUUCUACAUCUGGCGAAUCUACUUCUACAUCUGGAGAAUCUACUUCUACAUCUGGCGAAUCUACUUCUACAUCUGGUGAAUCUACUUCUACUUCUGGUGAAUCUACUUCUACUUCUGGUGAAUCUACUUCUACUUCUGGUGAAUCUACUUCUACUUCUGGUGAAUCUACUUCUACUUCUGGUGAAUCUACUUCUACUGGAACAAGUGAGACAUCGACUGGAACAAGUGAGACAUCGACUGGAACUUCUACUGAAACAAGUGGAACUACUUCAUCCACUGGAACUGGUGAAACUACUUCAUCUACUGGAACUGGCGAAACUACUUCAUCUACUGGAACUGGCGAAACUACUUCAUCUACUGGAACUGGCGAAACUACUUCAGGAAGUACUACUACUACUGGUGAAACCUCUACUGGAACUGGUGAAUCUUCUUCAUCAUUAACUUUCCCAACGUUCUCACUUUCAUCUCUGACGUUUGAAUUGAGUUCAUUAUCAUCUUCAUCAUCUUUCCACUACUACGCCAAUUCCUCAGUUUCAUCCACUAUAUUAUCUAGUUCAUCUUCAAGUUCUGCUUCUUCUUCAUCUUUAAGUACAACACCAAUAGAGUCAACAUCAGGAGUCACUAGUACUACUUCUUCAAGUUCUUCAAGUUCUUCUAGUUCUUCUUCUAGUUCUUCAUCAAGUUCUUCGUCUAGUUCUUCAUCAAGUACUACCUCUAUUAGUUCUGAGAGCACUAGUCUGUCAUCUAGUUCAAGUGAAAGUUCCUCAUCAAGUACUACUACAUUCACUUUCCAGAUUACUGCUGUAGCAGAUCCACCUAAUACAUUUACCCAAUAUGUUUCUUACCAAAGUGAUAAUGUUGUAUUCGAUCCAACCAAUGGUCCAUACUAUGAAUUAGUUGUCCCAGGUGGUGAGAUUACAGCUAAUGGUAAUUAUUUACAUGCAGAUCCAUCGAGUGGGUUCUUCCUUGGCCCAGAACCAUUUGGAGGUUGGCUGUUUAUUGGAGAUCCAGUCUUAGAAUUAGAAGGUGUUGGAAAUGAAUUCUAUUUCUGUCCUGAUGAAUCUGUUCCAUUACAAAUUAAUCUGAUUGCAGCUGAUUGUAUCCGUGGUCAAUUACAUGUUUUGGAAGCAGCACCUACUUCUUCGAGUAGUUCAACUACUGGCACAGGUACUACUACUGGUACAGGUACUACUACAGGUACAGGUACUACUACUGGUACAGGUACUACUACUGGUACUGGUGCUACUGCUGGUACUGGUACUGGUGCUACUACUGGUACUGGUACUGGAGCAACUACUGGAAGUGCUAGUACAGGUUCUACUAUAACUACUGUAACUACUUCCAAUGAGAUUGUCACUGUAACAGAAUGUCCUUCUUCAGUCACUAACUGUCCUUUGAAUUCAAUUGUGACUCUUACUAUUCCACAUACUAUAACCACUACUUACUGUCCUGAAUCAGGUGCCACUACAGGUACUGGUGCUACUAAUGUUGUUCCUCCAAUUAUAACUUCCACUUAUAAUUCACUUGAAACUCAAACUUCUGGAGGUGUUACCAACGUUAUUACUCAUCCAGCAACUACCACUUACCAAGCACCAUCAGGAGGAUCAUAUGUUCCAAAUACUUAUACAUCACCUGAAACUGUGCAAUACACCAAUGGAAAUGGUGUUGCUACAAGUGCAGUCAUUCCACGUGUUAUUACAUCUUCUACCUAUCAAUAUCCUUCUUCUGCAACUGUUGCUCCAGGUACAGCCGCAGGUGCAGCAGGUGCUCCAGGUGCAGCAGGUGCUCCAGGUACAGCCGCAGGUGCAGCAGGAGCUACAGGUACAGCCGCAGGAGCAGCAGGAGCUACAGGAGUUCCUUCAGUUCCACUUGCACCAAGUAGUGGUAACAGAUUACUGGUUGCCUUUAGUUCUAUAAUCAUGGCUAUUGUUCUUGCCAUUUUUGUUUAG